AAUUCUUCUUCAUCUUGCUUGUCUAUUUGUUAAGAGAGGUUUUGAGAGAUGAGGAUGGAAUUAGGGAGGAAAAGGGGAGUGAUGAAGAGGGAGAUGAAUGAUAAUGAAAAGGCUUUAGUGGAGAAGAAAGUGGACAUGAGUGCGAUGUGUCUUGAUUCUAUUCCGAGUACACUCUCUCUCAAUCUUGCUUCUAUCACCAAGCUUGAUCUCUCCAACAACAGUCUCGAGAUCAUACCGGAGUCACUGACGGCACGGCUAGUGAAUUUGGUGACUUUGGAUGUGCAUUCAAACCAGUUGAAGACACUGCCCAACUCAAUUGGUUGCCUCUCUAAGCUCAAGUACCUUGAUGUCUCCGGCAAUCUCCUUCAAUCCCUUCCAAGGACCAUAGAAAAUUGCAGGGCUCUAGAGGACCUCGUAGCCAACUUCAACCAGCUAACAAGCCUCCCGGACACCCUCGGCUUCGAGCUGACCAACAUCCGGCGCCUCUCCGUCAACUCGAACAAGCUCACCCACCUCCCCCCAACAACCUCCCACAUGAUCACCCUCCGCUCCCUCGACGCCCACCUCAACUGCCUCCACUCCCUCCCCGACGACCUCGAGAACCUCACCCAACUCCACUCUCUGAACCUCUCCCAGAACUUCCACCAUUUAACCUCCGUCCCGUGCUCCCUCGGCCUCCUCUCCUCUCUCUCCUCCCUCGACCUCAGCUACAACUCUCUCUCCUCCCUCCCUGACUCUCUUGGACUACUUACUAAUCUCACCGUGCUUAAACUUGACGGGAAUCCUCUAGUUUCGCCGCCAAAGAAGGUGGUGGAUCUCGGGGUCGAGGCGGUGAGGGAGUAUUUGGGGGCGAGGAUUAAUAGAGGAGAAAUUAAGAAGAAGAGGUCGUUCGUUCGGAGGAUGUUUGUGAGGUUUGGGAGCAUGAAUGUGAAGGGAGGGAGGGUGGUGGUGGGGAGAGAGGAGGAGGAGGAUAUGAUGCUGGAUAAGUAUAAGAUGGUGGAGGGGUUUGCGACGCCGAUGAGGGAGGUGAAGGGCCUUCGGUCGCCAAUUUGGACUGCUUUGUCGCCGAAGAGGUUGUUCGGGUCGCCGAGGAAGUAG